AUGUGGCGGAGCUGGAUCGCGGGGGGGUUUUCAAAUUCAACCAAGGACAACUUUUAUCAAACUGCCCGACGUAUUCUCUCUUUCCCAGUUUUAUUUCCCUUCGCACCAUCGUUCACAAUGGCACCAUCCUUCUCCGCCAGCCUCAAGGACCCCAGCCUCUUUAUUGAAGGCUCCUACAUUGAUGGCAAGGUUGUUGCCUCUCAAUCAGGACAGACCUUCAACGUUUACAACCCUGCAACUGAGGCUUAUAUCGGCUCAUGCCCAGAAUCCACCACAGGGGACAUCAACGCUGCCAUCGAGGCUGCAUCCAAAGCAUUCCCAACAUGGAGGGCCCAAUCUGGCCGUCAACGAGGACGAAUCUUGCGUCGCCUCUUUGAACUCAUUGUUGAAAACAAGGAAGACAUCGGAAAGAUCAUCACGGCUGAGAACGGUAAGGCUAAGGGUGACGCCGAGGGAGAAGCCCUCUUCUCUGCUGGAUUCUUCGAGUGGUUUUCCGAGGAGGCGCCCCGUAUCUACGGCGAUAUUAUCCCGCACAGCAACCCUUCCAGCCGUACACAGGUCAUUAAGGAGCCUAUCGGUGUAUGCGGUUUGAUUACCCCGUGGAACUUCCCUAUGGCCAUGGGAGCACGCAAGGUGGCCGCAGCCCUCGCGGCUGGUUGUACCGUUAUCAUGAAGUCGGACGGUCUCACUCCAUUUGCAUCGAACGCUCUGGCUGCCCUGGCCGAGCGCGCCGGUGUGCCGAAGGGUGUGUUUAACGUUGUGACCGCUUUGGAGAAUACCCCAUCCCUCGGACUAACUCUUUGUGAGUCCGAUAUUGUGAAGAAGAUUUCGUUCACUGGGUCAACCCGCGUCGGUAAGCUCCUUAUGCAGCAAUCCAGUAGCACACUCAAAAAGCUUAGCCUGGAACUCGGUGGAAAUGCCCCCUUCAUUGUCUUCGACGAUGCCGAUCUCGAGACUGCUGUCACAGCUGCUGUUGUUAGCAAGUUCAAGGUGACCGGCCAGACCUGCGUUUGCGCGAACCGAUUCUAUAUCCAGGAAGGAAUAUACGAGAAGUUCACUCAGCGGUUCGUGGAGGAGAUGAAGAAAUCACAGGUUGGAGACGGUCAGAAUCAUUCCGUGUCACAUGGUCCUUUGACCAAUGGCAUUGCGAAGACCCAGGAGCACAUCCAGGACGCUUUAACCAAGGGCGCUACUGUUUUGCUCGGCGGCAACGCUCUUCCAUCCAUUGGCAAGAACUUCCAUGAGCUCACUAUCCUGGGCAAUGCCGACGAUACCAUCAAGAGUAACAGCGAGGAGACCUUCGGCCCUGUCGCUGCUAUUUCCAAGUUCCGCACGGAGGAUGAGGUGGUUCGCCGUGCUAAUAGCUGCGACGUCGGCCUGGCCUCUUACCUCAUGACCAGUGAUCUUGGAAAGGCCCACCGUGUGUCUGAGCGCCUGGAGUUCGGCAUGGUGGGUAUCAACACCGGUGUUAUCUCUGACUUUGCGGCACCAUUUGGCGGCGUUAAGCACUCUGGCAUGGGGCGCGAGGGAAGCAAGUACGGCAUUGAUGACUAUGUGAACAUCAAGAUGAUCGUGACUGGUGGUGUUAAUACUUCUUAUGCGAACUUGUGA